CACACUGGCGGAAUAAAGCAAUAAACGCAAUUAGAAGCAUUUCGUUUUAACUGAAUUUAACCAUUUUAAACGAUAAUUAGCUAGCCCAAAAUGACCACAGCCGCGCGUCCGACCUUUGACCCCGCCCGCGGCGGCUCCGGCCGCGGCGAAAAGGACCUGAGUGCGCUGAGCAAGCAGUAUUCCAGUCGCGAUCUGCCAGGCCACACGAAGCUGAAAUACAGGGAGACGGGCCAGGGCACCAGCGAGGAGAUCCGCGGCCGGGACUUCCGCAAGGAGCUGGAGGAGCGCGAGCGCGAGGCCCGUUCCGGUCCGGGAGCCACUUCCUCCUCGGGCAAGGCGCUGCCCUCCAUUGUGCGCAAGGCCAUCGAGGCCAACAGUGCGCCCGCUGGCAAGAGAGCCAAACCCGACGCCCUGCAGCAGCAGCAGCAGCUGCAGCAACAGCAGGCCGCCAAUCUGGACGCCGACGAGCCGCUGGACAACGAUAGCUCCGAUUCGGACAGCGAUUCGGAUGACGACGAUGCCGCCCUGCUGGCCGAGCUGCAGAAGAUCAAGCAGGAGCGCCUCCAGGAGACGGCGCGUCGCGAGUCGGAGAAGAAGCAGGAGGACGAGCGCAUCCGCAUGGAGAACAUCUUGUCGGGCAAUCCGCUGAUUAACUACGAACCAGGAACCGCUGCCUCCGCCGCGGGACGUGCCUCUGGCCUCGGUGGCGAUCUGAAGAUCAAGCGCCGCUGGGACGACGACGUCGUGUUCAAGAACUGCGCCCGCUCGGCGCCCGAGAAGAAGACGCACUUCGUCAACGACGCCCUGCGCUCCGAUUUCCACAAGAAGUUCAUGGACAAGUACAUCAAAUAGGCGCCCUAAGUUCGCUCUAAGUCUCAACCGCUUUUUGUAAUAGUCUAAGUAACCCAAUUGUCAACUUUUUUUCGGCCUUCCGCCGCUAUUAAAAUUCGCAUUUUGUAAGAAGAA